AUGGAAGUAGAAGAGCAAUACGACGGCAACGAUGACGACAACAACAACGACUGGGAAGGCGGCAAUUACGAAAGGGAAGGUGACGUGCACGUCAGCUCGGAUGAUGAAGAUCACGCUUAUCGGGUAUACCUGCCCCAAGAAGAUGCUGUCGAGGAGGAAGAUGGUGAUGAAAAUAACGGACAUUCUGAUGAGGAGCGAGAUCUUGAUGAGGGUGCGGACAUCGUCAACGACCCUGCGUUUAAUGCGGGCAACGGUUUUGACGAGAACGAGGAUCGCCAACAACAGGAUGACGAAGAAGAUUUAUUAUUUGAUGAAGCACCUGCCUUUAGCGAGCACUCCGCUAUCAGGAAUGCAUAUGUGCGUGCGUACAUUGCAUCUGCGUUCAAAGGUGCCUCGCACGAUGUUUCACGCAUCAUUCUCGACGGGGUCGCGCGCGCAUUGUGGUACGCUCGCGAUCACACACGAGAUAUCGAGUAUGAAGGUCUGGAAGACAUGGCGAGAACUUUGCCUACAGCUGAGAGGCGUCUGGGAGUCAAUCUUGACUCCAUCAUUACUUACCUCUUCGUAUGUCCGUCAUGCUGGCAGGUCCACGAUCCCCUCACGCUGUACGACGAAGAUCUUCAGGAACAGUGCCGUGAAGAAGAUUGUGAAGGUAUACUAUACACGACAAAGCUUCUCGCUAGCGGGAAAUCGAAACGCAAGCCAACGAAGGUUCUGCCAUAUGUGGCACCUCGUCGGGCGAUACAGCAUUGGCUUCUCCGCCCAGGAAAAUAUGAAGAGUUACAGCAAUGGAGACGAGAUGGAGACGAACCACGCCAAGUACCAGCUACCCAUGCGGGAGGUGACAAUGCUUUUGCGGAGCCUUCUAAUCCAAUGCACGAUAUGCAUGAUGCCUGGGGUUGGCGUGCGAUACGAGCUGGUUUGCAACGUGUCUAUUAUGACAACGGACAACUUCGUGUCUUAGACGACGAUGUUCAUAACCUCCAACAACGCUUUGUCUCACUGCCUUGCGGACUCGUAUGGCAAAUCAAUCUUGACUGGUUCCAGGCCGUCAAACGAGGCAAUCACUCCACAGGGGCGCUCUACAUGACUUGCUGCAAUAAUCCUCGCGGCGUUCGCUACCUUACUGAAGAGACGUUUCUAAUCAUGGUCCUCCCUGGACCAAAUGAACCGAACUUGGAGCAGCUCAACAAGAUUAUGGCAAAGUUCGUGUCCGAUAUGAUUGAACUUUAUGGUGGUGCGUACUAUUUUCGAAUAUAUGGACAUGAGGAUAAGCACCCUGUUCACUCAGCUCUCAACAGCGAGGUCUCCGAUCUUCCAGCGAGUCGCAAAAUUGAAGGACUUGCCUCCUUCUCAUCAAAGUUAUUUAUGUGUCCACAAUGCGACACACCUUCAUAUUAUCUUGCAGAUCCACGUGGUUUCAAUCCGACAGACUUCAGACUACGUGAUGCUUGGCGCUACGUCAAAUAUGCCUUUCGUUCACGUUCUCUUGACGACGAUGAUCGAAAGGAGAUCUUCGAGCGUCGUGGAGUGCACUGGUCAGUGUUUAACCUCAUCCCAGGUUGGUUGACGGCCGUCAACUCGGUAGUGGAGUUCAUGCACUGUGUGUAUCUCUGUAUGGUUAGGCAUGUGACGAAGGUCAUAAUCCUUCAGUCCGGGAUGCUCAAUCCCGUUCCUCGAGAAGACUGGUAUCCUCUGGAACGACUCGAUGAAUUCUUCUCUCGGAUCAUUUGGCCAGUAUCAGUUGGUCGCUUACCCCCAUCCGUCACUUCUUCCUCGUCAAAGGCAGACCAAUGGCGACUCCAUAUUAGUGUGUUGUUCGUCGGGCUUUUCGUUGCAUGGGAAAUUGACGGCCUUAUCCCCGAUAUCGACGCACCAAAAUCAAGAGCCAACACCAAACAUGCAGCUGCGCAUGCGAAGAACGAGAAGGUCAUGCGUCGGCGUCAUCAGAAAUUCACGGGAUUACAUGCAACGAUAAAGCAGCUUGACGAGAACGAUGCCCUCACGAUGGAUCGUUCAAUCAGACAUCAUUAUGCAACCAUUCUCGAGUUCUCCGCCGCUAUCCAGAUCUUGUCGUCACGUUCGAUCAGCCCAGAUGAGGUCGAACGGGGCUGUGCGGCACUCUCUAGAGCAUGCCAGAAUUGGGCGCGUAUGGGGUGUCACCUAACCCCUUAUUUUCAUCUCGCUCAACAUCUUCGACGUCAGUUUCUCCAGUUCGGGCCUUGCUAUGCUACGUGGGUGUUUCCAUAUGAACGAAACAAUGGCUUUCUUGGUAGGACGAACCAUAAUAAUCACAAGGGUGGCGAACUCGAAUGUACGAUGAUGCGCAAAUGGUGGAAAUGGGUUCUAGUCCAUGAUCUGUUGAAUGCUUUUCGAAGACUUCCGGAGCCCGACGAAAAUGACCGCGACUCAAUCAAACUUCUCGAAUCGUGUUUGAAAGGUGGAACUCGCCCACGUCGACAUGUAACAUAUCCCCGACAUUCCAAGGAUGUCAAGCUUCAGACACUCGACCCCAUGCUAUAUGGUCUUGUCCUGCAGUUCCUGCAGGACGAGUGGGGCGAGUCGGGCUUUGUAAUUCAUGCUGACGUCGUUCUCGCAGAUCAUGGUGCCUGCUUUAUGGGCCAUGUGAAAUCUUACUCCCAUGUGUUUGUUGAAGCCCUCCGCUAUGGAGCAGCAACACAAACCCGCGGGAAAACUGCUCGCUAUGCUUAUUUCAAUGGUCGAGUCGCUGUCGAAAUCCAAUGGAUCUUCAAAAUCGACAUGGAGUAUGAAGAUCAGGGUCAAAUUACCAAGACGGUCGCAGUUGUUCGUCCUUUUGUCGCGGAUGAUGACAUGCCAGCAUUCCCGUGGGAUCUAUGGUCUGUCUCGGCAAUUGAUCUUGGCGUGCAAGUAUGGUACGGAAAUGCCCUCGGUGAAAUGGAGGUCGUCGAGAUUGAACUCGUGUCGGGACAACUCAUACUCAUCCCCAUCACCGUUUCUGGUGUCGAAUAUUGGGUGACGGUAGCCCAUAAUCAUGUACGUCUGUUGUGA